AAGAAAGGGAUCUAUCUAAUUAAUUUUAAUUUUUUUAAAUAUUUCUUUUAUUGCAAAAAAUAUUUAUGAAAACCGUUUAAGAGAUUAAUGCAAAAUCAUAUGCAACGUUAUACAUAUAACUCUCAUUUCAAAUGUUACUAAAACCUCUAAAUGUGCAUCAAAGUUUAUUUAUAAUGACGAUGAACUACAUAUUGUAAAAUGCAGGUUCCAUAACAUUCCAAUAACAUUAUUGAAAUAAUAUUUUUUGUUUAUUGGGGAAUUAUCAUCAAUUACUGAUACAGUAAUCAGUUUAUUGAAUUUAUCGGUUUUCUUUCUCAAGAGUCAAGUUGUUAUCUGUAUUGACAUUUAAAACUGAAUUUAAAAAUAUUAUUAAGAACAUCAAAACCAGCUUUAAUCUAAAAAAAGAAGAGAUAGCAUAUCUUAUUUUUCUUAAGUUAAGUAUUUAGUAUCAAUCUAACAAUAUCACAAAAAAACAUUUUUGAAAUCAAUUAAUCUAUUACGUAAAUAUUUUUUUAAAAAACAAUUUUGCUUAGUAAACAACAAUAGUAGCGAUUAACUAACAAAUUAGAAGCGAGAUAAUGAUAAGUUAGCAAUAAUGGUAACAGCUAAGAAAGUGCUAAAAUCUCAAUAUUAAGUAUAGAUUCAAUUUCAGGCACGUAAAAAUUUUCCACCUCUUCUUUUACAAAAUAUUACUCUUAAGUAGAAGUGGUAGAUACUUUAUCAUGAUGAUUCUUUAGAAUAUAUAAGUGACAAACAAGUAGAAUCAGUCAGUCUUAGUCAUUAAUGUUUACGCUUAAGUCUCAAUACUUGAAAAACUCAGAAUUUUACUCUUAAAACUAUCAAAUUAAGUAAUUAUAUUAAAUUUAAAUCUGUAUUUGGAAUUAACCUGAGUAAAGGUAAAUUUAUCAAUUUUAUCAAGACAAUGAUAAGAUUUGCGCAAGACAAAUAAAUAUUAAAUAUCAGUGAUACGUGCAAUUCAAGUACUAAAGGAACACAAGGAAAGUUGCUGCUGGUUAGAACUGUCAUAAUAUCACGACAAAGAUGUUUAUUACGUUAUUAUUAUUUAUUUUUAUUGUAUAUUUGGUGUAUCAUUAUUACGUACAUUAUGGACGAUUUGGACAAUUAAUCCAUAAAAUACCAGGACCACCAGGUUAUCCACUUAUUGGUAAUUUUUUUCUACUGAUGACUAAACAAGAACAUCUUAUAAAUCUUCUGUUUUCACUUUGUGACAAAUAUUAUCCAAUUUUUAGAACGUGGGCUUUCUUUGAAGGUUUCGUAUCUAUUCGUCAUCCCGAUGAUCUGGAGGUAAUACUAAACAGUUCAACAAAUAUCGAAAAGAGUAGAAUUUACUCUGUAUUACAUCCUUGGUUCGGUUUGGGUCUUCUUACUAGUGGAGGUUCCAAAUGGCAUUCCAGGCGAAAGAUAUUAACACCUACGUUUCAUUUCAAUAUACUUCAGCAAUUUGUUGAAAUUUUAAUCGAGGAGGGCGAGAGCAUGACAAACUCAUUAAAAAAUGCAGGAAGCACUAUUACAAAAGAUUUAGUACCGCUUAUUAGUGAACACACCCUGAAUGCAAUAUGCGAAACUGCUAUGGGCACCUCUCUACAAGGAAUGAAUUCCGUUCAGCAAGAAUAUCGAAAAGCAGUUCACCGGAUGGGUGAACUUUUUAUUUAUAGAUUAGUCAGACAUUGGCUAAUAAGUGAUUGGAUAUUUGCAUUAACAUCACAAGGAAGAGAGCAAGUAAAAAUUUUGAAAAUAUUGCAUGGUUUUACUAAUAAGAUUAUUGCAGAAAGGAAAGAUUAUCACAAACGCACCAAUGGGCAAUACUUGAAAAAUUUUAACCAAAGUAUAAUAACGGAUAAUGAAGAAAUUGUUGGAAGUAAAAAAAAACGGCUGGCUAUGUUGGAUUUUUUAAUAUACGCAUCUCAAGAGGGUCAUUUGACUGAUGUUGAUAUUAGAGAGGAAGUCGAUACUUUUAUGUUCGAGGGUCAUGAUACUACAUCAACCAGUCUUUGCUAUACUUUAGCAUUACUGGCCGAAAACAAAGAUAUUCAGGAUCGUGUUCGACAAGAAGUUGAUCUUGUUAUGCAAGAAAAUGAAGGAAAACUUACUAUAAAAUCGCUACAAAAUCUACAAUACUUAGAGAGAUGUAUAAAAGAAUCUUUGCGUUUAUAUCCGUCUGUUUAUUUCAUAUCACGAAUUACUACGGAAGAAGCGCAAUUAAAAUCACAUUUAAUACCUGUUGGAACAAUAAUGCAUCUUCAUAUUUAUGGAGUUCAUAGAGAUCCAAAUUUUUGGCCUAAUCCGGAUGUAUUUGAUCCAGAUCGAUUUUUACCAGAAAAUAGCCGAAAUCGUCAUCCUUAUUCAUAUAUACCAUUUAGUGCUGGGCCGCGUAAUUGCAUUGGUCAACGAUUUGCUAUGUUGGAAAUGAAAGCAAUGAUAGCUCCUUUAAUUCACAAUUUCUGUUUGGAGCCUGUUGAUCUCUUAAAAAAUCUCCGGGUAGGACCUGAUUUGGUACUACGUCCUCUUGGUGGGCAUCGAAUAAAAUUCAUCCCAAUCGCCACAAAAUGCAUAUAGGCAAACUUCAUAAAACAACUUCAUAAAACGACAAAUGUUUUGUAAAAUACAGAAUAUUAUACGUAUUUGUAAAAAUACACAAACAAUAAAAAUGUAAUUUCUUUCUAAUUAA